UUUUCAAAUUGUGCAUGCCCUUCACUUUCCAGAUUCCAACUUCCUCUCUGUUGCUCCAUACCGGUAAUCCAUUCCGCCGUCUAGCCUCUGUGUCCCCUCAAAAAGUUUGCGCAGCUUUCUUCUGGGGCGAGAACAGAGGCUUCAGUGCCAGCAUCUGCAUUUUCAGAGCAACUUUUAGAGGUUCACACGCAGGCGGUCAUCAUGUUUGAGGGAAGGCUCUUGCAGGGGUCCCUGCUCAAGAAGGUCCUUGAAGCCAUCAAGGACCUGGUUACUGACACCAACUUCGAUUGCUCGGAGACGGGGAUUGCUCUGCAAGCCAUGGACUCCAGCCAUGUGGCCCUGGUUUCUCUUCUGCUCAAAGACACCGGCUUCGACCACUUCCGCUGUGACCGGAACCUCGCGCUCGGUAUCAACCUGCAGAACAUGUCCAAGAUGCUCAAGUGCGCAGGGAACGAUGACAUCAUCACGCUCAAGGCGGAGGAUGAGGGCGACACCAUCACGUUUAUGUUUGAGAGCCCCAACCAGGACAAGAUCUCAGACUUUGAGAUGAAGCUGAUGGACAUUGACAGCGAGCACCUCGGCAUCCCCGACACCGACUACCAGGCCAUCGUGACCAUGCCGUCCGCAGAAUUCCAAAGAAUAGUCAGGGACCUCAGCAGCAUCGGUGAUACAGCGGUCAUCGGUGUGACAAAGGAGGGCAUCAGCUUCUCAACAGGGGGUGACAUUGGAAAGGCCAACAUCGUGUGCCGGCAGAAUACAAACGUCGACAAGGAAGAGGAUCAAACCACAGUCGAAAUCCACGAACCUGUCUCCCUCACUUUCGCCCUUCGCUACUUGAACUCCUUUACGAAAGCCACUGCCCUCUCCCCUCAAGUCACACUUAGUUUGUCCAAGGAGCUCCCUAUAGUUGUCGAGUACAAGAUUGAAAAGAUGGGUUUCCUGCGCUUCUACUUGGCCCCAAAGAUUGAGGAGGGAGACGACGAAGAGGAAGCAUGAGAUAGACCGUUCCUGUACAUUAAAACGAUAUUGUUGCUGCUACGCAUCUGAGGAUGCACAUGCCAAGACAAAGCCAUGAGUCGUGGCGAAUUAAGCAAGCUGUUAUCCGAGGCCAUCCUUUGGCCCAAUUCUUUCAACUGAUGAGCGACCAUGACCGC